AUGUUCCGGAGUCUCUUGCCGCGGGCUGCACCGCGGGCUGCCCUCCGCACUGCUCGCCCUCAGCCUGUCCCUUCUAACUUCGUCACUGCUCCUACCCUCUCCAUCUUCUCGAAACGUGGCUACGCCUCCGAGUCUGGUGAACAUGACCUUGUUAUCAUCGGUGGUGGUGUCGCUGGAUACGUUGCUGCCAUCAAGGCCGGUCAGGAAGGCUUGAAGACUGUCUGUAUCGAGAAGCGUGGUCGUCUUGGAGGCACCUGCUUGAACGUCGGCUGUAUCCCCUCGAAAUCUCUCUUGAACAACUCCCACCUUUACCACCAGAUUCUCCACGAUACGAAAAAGCGCGGUAUUGAGGUCGGUGAUGUCAAGCUGAACCUCGAGCAGAUGAUGAAGGCCAAGGAUACCUCCGUCGAGGGUCUGACGAAGGGUAUUGAGUUCUUGCUCAAGAAGAACGGUGUCGACUACGUCAAGGGUACUGGUGCUCUUGUUGAUCCUAACACUGUCAAGGUGAACCUGCUUGAGGGUGGUGAACAGACUCUUCGCGGAAAGAACAUCCUCAUCGCCACCGGUAGCGAGGCCACUCCUUUCCCCGGCCUCAACAUCGACGAGAAGCGCAUCAUUACUAGCACCGGUGCUCUUUCGCUGCAGGAAGUUCCCAAGAAGAUGGUUGUCAUUGGUGGUGGUAUCAUCGGUUUGGAGAUGGCUUCCGUUUGGUCGCGUCUCGGUGCCGAAGUUACCGUUGUUGAGUUCCUGAACCAGAUCGGUGGACCUGGUAUGGAUGCAGAGAUUGCCAAGCAGGCUCAAAAGAUCCUGUCGAAGCAGGGCAUCAAGUUCAAGACCGGCACCAAGGUCAUGAAUGGUGAUGACAGUGGCGCUACUGUUUCGAUUAACGUCGAGUCUGCCAAGGGCGGCAAGGAGGAGACCCUGGACGCUGACGUUGUCCUGGUUGCCAUCGGUCGCAGACCUUACACCGAGGGUCUUGGCUUGGAGAACGUUGGUAUUGAGAAGGACGAGCGGGGUCGUCUGGUCAUCGACCAGGAGUACCGCACUAAGGUUCCUCACAUCCGUGUUGUUGGUGACUGCACUUUCGGCCCCAUGCUUGCCCACAAGGCUGAGGAGGAGGCUGUUGCCGCUGUUGAGUACAUCACCAAGGGAUACGGUCACGUCAACUACGGCGUCAUCCCCAGUGUCAUGUACACUCACCCCGAAGUUGCCUGGGUUGGCCAGAACGAGGCGGAAGUCAAGGCCGCUGGCAUCAAAUACCGCGUCGGUACUUUCCCCUUCAGCGCCAACUCCCGUGCCAAGACCAACCUCGACACCGAGGGUCAGGUCAAGUUCAUCGCUGACGCUGAGACUGACCGUGUGCUCGGUGUUCACAUCAUUGGCCCCAACGCUGGUGAGAUGGUUGGUGAGGCUACCCUGGCUGUUGAGUACGGUGCUUCUUGCGAGGACAUCGCCCGGACGUGUCACGCUCAUCCUACCCUUUCCGAAGCUUUCAAGGAGGCUGCCAUGCUACCUACUCCAAGGCCAUCCACUUCUAAGUUCAUGUUACCAAUUCGCCAUCUGUAUCUUUCUAGACUAGCUACGCUAGCAACCCUGUAG